UCAGUCGGCCAGAUAACAGACCAGAAGUCGCGAUUUAAGCAACAGAGUAAAACAUUAACAGCGUUGGAUAAAAUUGUAGUUAUAUUAUAUUAUUAAUAAAAGUGAAAUUAAAAGAAAAAUGUCUGCUGUAACAAAAGGUAUUUACAUUGUGGCUGCUAAACGUACGGCUUUUGGUACAUUCGGCGGCUCCUUGAAGGGCAUCAAUCAGACCCAAUUGCAGACAGUGGCAGCCAAGGCAGCUCUAGAGUCAGCUGGACUCAAGGGCGAGCAAGUGGACACGGUUAUUGUUGGUAAUGUGAUUGCGUCCUCCUCCACAGAUGGCAUCUAUGUGCCCCGUCAUGUGGGCCUCAAUUGCGGUGUGCCCAUUGAGAAACCAGCUUUGGGUAUCAAUCGUCUAUGUGGUUCUGGAUUCCAAUCGAUUGUGAAUGGUGCCCAGGAUAUAUUGGUUGGCGGAGCCAAGGUGGCUCUUACCGGCGGUGUGGAGAAUAUGUCACAGAGUCCGUUUAUUGUGCGUAAUACGAGAUUCGGAACAACUCUUGGCGCCAAUUACAAUUUGGAAGAUGCUUUGUGGGCUGGUCUCACUGACACCCAUUGCAAGCUACCCAUGGCUUUGACAGCUGAGAAUCUUGCCGAUCAGUAUAAGAUUAGCAGAGAGCGUGUGGAUGAGUUCUCAUUGUUGUCGCAAAAGAACUGGGAAAAGGGACACAAGGAAGGUGCCUUCAAUGCUGAGAUUACACCCAUCAAGCUAAAGGUUAAGGGCAAGGAAGUUGAUUUUGUUAUCGAUGAACAUCCACGUCCCAAGACCACCAUUGAGGGAUUGAACAAAUUGCCAUCGUUGUUCAAGAAGAAUGGCGUUGUGACAGCUGGCACAGCUUCUGGCAUCUGUGAUGGAGCUGCAGCUGUUGUGGUUGCCUCCGAGAAGGCCAUUAAGGAAUACAAUCUGAAGCCUUUGGCUCGUCUUGUGGCCUUCUCCUUUGUGGGUGUUAAGCCAGAGAUCAUGGGCAUUGGUCCAGUUCCAGCCAUCCAGAAUGUCCUUAAGGUUUCGGGCAAGAAACUCGAAGACAUUGAUCUGAUUGAGAUCAAUGAGGCCUUUGCUGCCCAAACCUUGGCCUGUGCGGAUGCUUUGAAAUUGGAUCCAUCCAAAUUGAAUGUUAAUGGCGGUGCCAUUGCCUUGGGACAUCCUCUGGGUGCCAGUGGUUCACGUAUAACUGGUCAUUUGGUUCAUGAAUUGCAACGCAAAAAAUUGAAAUAUGGCAUUGGUUCCGCUUGCAUUGGUGGUGGUCAGGGCAUUGCCUUGCUCCUGGAAGCUGUCUAAAUUGAAACCCAUCUCUCAACACCUGCCUGCAUUUAUUUUUAGAGUCUUUUAAAAUUCAAAUAAACAAAAUAUAAAUUAUAA